GGUUUAACAAACGAGGUGUUAAUAAAAAUCUCCUUACAUAUACAGCAAAGAUAGCAUACAAACCCACUACAUUAGGUGGUUUUAAAACGGAAACCGAGAGCAAAUAAAAAACAAGCACAGUGCAGUGUUGAACGCUCUGCCGUAUACUACGACAUGAGUUUUUUACAACAAGUUUUCUUACAUUUUGUUACAUUUCGGUACUGGUCCUGUAUAUCUUUUGGAAAAGAUUCAGUUGUUGAAGCACCAAAAAAAGCCGAGACUGAGCCAGUGUUCAUCAGACUCCGAAACCCCAAAACAGAUGAGGCUUCCCUGUACCUCUUGAGUAGCAACGCGCUGCAGCUGUAUGAAGUGAAAGCUUUUAAGGAGGAAUAUCACUCUUGGUUUAUUGGUCAAACUGUACAGCACGAUGGAAGACUUUUGUUCAUAACACCAAUGGAUCCUCUAUUUCUUGUUCUGCCUUAUUUUUUGAAAGCUGGAAAAGAGGGCAAGUUCCAGCCAGUGGAUCAGGUAGUGGUGGAUGAGGACUUUCCGUGUUGCAGCAGAUUACUCAAGUGUCCCCAAACCCUUCAGGCACUCCGUCAUAUCACAGAGGAGAAGGAAAUCGGAGGUCAGAAGUUUAACAGAUACAGCAAAGAAAAGACUCUGGAAUUGUUAAAGAAAAAGGUUGACAGGACAGUGAAAGCCCUGAAAAGCAGCAAUACAUGCGUUGGUGGAGCAGUGAAGUCCUCUACAUUUAUUAGAACCAAACACAAUUCAGAAGAAAAAGAAGAGGAUUACAUCCGUUAUGCUCAUGGCUUAAUAUCUGAGUAUAUUGCUGAAGACCUCAGCCUAGACCUUCACAAGUAUUUAAAGCUACCUGAGAUUUCAAGUCCAACAGAGGCAGAACCACCAUCAAAGAUUGCUGAACAGAAACAAGGAAGAAAGAAACGGGACCUAAAAAUAUAACUGCCUGCAUGUUUUUAAUUUAUUACCAGUGCUAUGUGGAUCAACUGAGGGGUCUUUUUUAAGCCCCCCCUUUUUUUAAGGAUCAUCCUUGUACAUUUUUUUUACCCCGAAAAUCUCUGUGAAAUGCCUGAAAUAGCCGCGAAAGUACAUCUUGUUGAGUCAGUUAUUGGGUACGUAGAAUCCCAAUUGGUAUGUGGUGCACGAAGACUGCAAGUAAUGACUUUUAUUAAUGUUUUAUCUAGUUUCAGAAUGCUAAAUAAAAGGUUUUAAUAUUCAAUUAGUUUAUUUUAAUAUUGUUUAAUUAAUGAAAACAUUUAACGGUAUACUAAACCUAUUUCCCUGAUUAAAUUACUGGCAACACUGUAGUUUAGGGAUCUAUAACAGGUGAUUAUUGAUGUGAAACAUAAGUAUUUUCCAUUACAAUAAUAUAAAUGUAAACAAUGAAGCAUGCUAUGUCCCAGAGAAGCUUUUUUAAUGGCCCUUUUUAAAUUA